AUGGACGAAGAAUCGAGGCCCGCUGCGUGUCCUGAGCCUCCGCCGCUCCCAUACUCCUUGCGCUCGAGGAAGAAGUCCAUCGCCAUCUUCUGGACAAUCUUUGUGAUUGAUACUUUGGCCCAGCCGCUCGUCCUCUACUGGGCGCUCUGGUACGCCACUGAUCUUUCGCAUAACUUGGUCUUCAGUAUUGUGACGGCUUCGUUAGGAGGUGUAUCGGUAUUCGAAUACUUCUAUCGUCUCUACAACUUGUUCCGGAAAGACUCGCGAGCACGGCCAUUGAACGCUAGGAAGGGAUGGCUGGAUUUCUUUCAUAUCAAUUUCACCAUCGUCUGGUUGAUACUGGCAGUUGAGCUGAUUGUAGGAACCGUUCCACAAGAACCAUAUGUCCGAUUAGUCGCCAUGGUCCUUCCGACGGUAAUGUUCUACUUCGGCAGCAUGUAUCUGGCACUCGACAUCCUUCGUGUUUGUGGUGUUAAAGCACCCUUCCGGAUCUCAUCAACGCCUAAAGGCUCGACAAUGCCGACCGCCCUAUAUGUUUUGAUCGAGGAUGUAGUGGCAGUUGAUGGAGGUGGUGGUCAGAUCUACCGAUAUGCGCUUCGCACCCGAUACCUAUCUAGCCCGUACUUCCGGCGUAUGCUGUUCCAAAUGAACUGUUUUUGGGCUGGAGGAUCUAUCGUUGUCGCUGCCGCCAUUACGGCAAUUAUAUUUACUGUUUCGGAGCCAGUCGCAUACACUCUAGGAUGGUCCUUACCGUUCGCAUGGGCUGGCCUCUGGACGUUGGUCACGAUACCAUGGGUCCAAAGCGACCUUCGGCGCGAGAAAAAGGCUUGGGCAGAAAACCGGGGCCAGGGAGGCAUCCCAUACACCGAUGAUCCUGAUGCCCCCAGUGGUGGUCGGACCAGGCUUGAGGCGAUGCAGGAUCAUCUGCCAAGUUUCGUGCCUUGGUUCCGAGAAAAGCAGGCUCCCCCGUCUACACCGAGUGAUCAUUGA